AUGUUCUGUCCUUCCCAUUCUCAUCUAUUCACUCUCUCACUCAUCGCUCCUCCUCUCCUAUCUCCUCUCUCAUCCCUCGUUCUCUCUCAUCUCAUCUAUUCUCUCUGCUUGUCUGCACCUCCCUCGAUCGAUCAUUCUUCAGGUCUCCAGGCGUUUCCCCUCUAUGCAGGGUUGCCAGCUGGGGACGUUGAGGCAGCGUUUGCACCCACCCUUCGAGGUCGGAGGAAGGUGCUAGUGGCAACAAACAUUGCAGAGACGUCUCUCACCAUUGAGGGAAUAGUGUACGUGGUCGACUGUGGCUUUGUUAAGCAGCGGUUUUUCGACCCUGUGUCAAACGUGGAUGCGUUGCUGCUGGUGCCCGUGUCACGAGCAUCAGCGCAGCAGAGGGCAGGCAGGGCGGGGCGAGUGAGGCCCGGGAAAUGCUACAGACUAUACACAGAGCACAGCUACAUGACAGACCUUGCCGCCCACACGAUCCCGGAGAUCCAGCGAUCAGAUCUCACAGCAACAGUGCUGCAGCUCAAGUCCCUCGGCAUCGACAACAUCAUGCGAUUUGAUUGGCUCUCGCCGCCCGCGCCGUCCGCCAUGAUCCGCGCACUAGAGACGCUCUUUGCCAUCCGGGCGCUGGAUAUGGACGGCAGACUGACCAAGCCUGUUGGAGUCCAGCUGGCAGAGUUUCCUCUGGACCCUCUGGUUGCCUUCAUGCUGCUUGUGUCCGCCAACGCACCUGGCACCUCCGCUGAUGGUGCUACUGCUGGCACUGCGAUGAAGAGUGGAGGCGGGGGAGGUGGCUUGGGUGGGAAAGAUGAGGACGAGGAUGCGGAGGAAGACGGAGAUGGGGAGGAGGCUGAUGGUUGCUCUGAGGAGAUGUGUACAGUUGCUGCGUCGCUUUGUGUGCAGUCCGUGUGGGUGGGCAGCAGCGGCAGGCAGAGGGAGUCAGACAGACUCAAAGAACGAUUUGCUGCUGCAGAGGGCGACUUUGUCUCUUACCUGAACGUGUAUGAGGGCUUCACUCGCAGUGGGCGGUCACCCAAGUGGUGCCACGCCAAUGGCAUUAACUAUCAGGCCAUGCUGCGAGUGGAUGACGUGAGGGGGCAGCUGAGGAGGGGGCUCAGGCGUCUGGGGCUGAAGCUGCUGUCAUGCCGGGGAGACGUCAUGGUGGGUGGGGUGGGUCGCUCUCAUUGCCUUCCCUUCUCUCCUCCUCUCCCUUGUUUUGAGUCGACUCAAAUCAAGGCUCUCUAUGUGGCGCCUCAAAACUCCCCUGUUUUCUCUCUUCCGCUCUCCCCUCCGCCAACCCCCCCCUCCUCCACUCCACCAGCUACUCCAGCGGGCAGCGGCAGCAUCUCUCUUCGUGAAUGCUGCUCAGCUUAUGGUAAGAUGAGCGUAUAG